AUGCCGGGCGACAAGAAAAUUAUGCAAUCUGACCCAUUAGCCAAAAGAGACGAUCAAAAUCUGGGUUCAAGAAAAGAUGUCAUGGUUUCAGGUGUGUCCUCUUCAUCAUCAGGAGUUCAUGAAUCUUCUGCAAAAGGUGGUGUUGGCAAUGGAAACAAAGCAGCUGCUGAUCAGGGUGAUCACUAUUCAUCUACUAGCUGUUAUGAUUAUCAGUAUCCAGGACACAAUGGAACAUAUAGUCAACUAGAUGGAUCUAGUCAAAUGAGUUCCAAUGGGGCUGUUUACUCUGAUAAUGGUUCACUUCUUUACUAUAUGCCAAGCUAUAAUCCUUAUGCUACUGGAGCUUAUAUGGGUGUUGAUGGACAACAACAUAAACAACAACAACAACAACAACAACAACCCUACUUUUCUUCAUCAGAAGCCAUGCCAUGUUACUCAUGGAAUUCAACAUAUCCUGAAAAUUCAACAUCUUUCGGUGCAAAAUCUGUUACUGGAUCAAAUGGGAUGAAAUCAAAUGAUUUCAACACCAAAAGAACCAUGAAUUUUUACACUGGAAAAUCCCAUAACUACCCUUUGGACAUGAAGCCAAGCCAACAUUCCACACCUUCAGUUCCUAAGUCGAUCCUUCAGUCACAGCAUUUCAGGUCUUUCAACAAGUUGAAUUCUGCUUACCAAUCUGGGGGUCUUCAAAAAGGACUUUGGAAUGAAAACGAAAGAUACAAACCACGCGAAAAGUCAUACAACAAUGGAGAAUCUGAAGAACUUACCCGUGGCCCAAGGGCACAAAGCUUAAAUUCACAUAUUGAGGAAGAAAAAGUUGGGUUCUCAUUGAGACGCGAUAAGUACAAUCUUGAAGAGUUUCAGACAAAGUAUGAUCAUGCAAAAUUUUAUGUCAUCAAAUCGUACAGUGAAGAUGAUGUUCACAAAAGCAUUAAAUAUGAUGUUUGGUCAAGUACACCAAAUGGAAACAAGAAGUUAGAUGCUGCUUAUCGUGAUGCCGAAGGAAAAACCAAUGUUUUUCUUUUCUUUUCUGUUAAUGGUAGUGGCCAAUUUGUUGGUGUUGCUGAAAUGAUUGGAUCAGUUGAUUAUGAGAAGAAUAUGGAUUUUUGGCAGCUUGAUAAAUGGAAUGGUUUUUUUCCAGUUAAAUGGCAUGUUGUGAAGGAUGUUCCUAACACGCUUUUGAGACACAUAAUUCUUGAAAACAAUGACAAUAGACCUGUUACAUACACUAGAGACACUCAAGAGGUUGGUUUAAAACAAGGUUUGGAGAUGCUUGAAAUUUUCAAAAGCUAUUCGGCAAAAACGUCUCUGUUAGAUGAUUUGAGCUUUUAUGAGAACAGGGAGAAGAUACUUAAAGCAAAACGGAUUAGUAAAGCUGCUUUUCAAACAGAGAAUUUAAAAUCAGGAGAAAGCAAUGGGUUGAAGGAUCCGACAUCGUCUCUUAUAAAUCUUACACGGAAUCUGUCUAUUAAUUCUAACACACCAAAAUCCAGCAUUGGUGAUAAAUCUGGAUCGUAGAAAUUGGAAUUGGUGUAGUUUGUAGGAUUUUAGGUAUUAUGGUUUUUAUUGAUUUUUACAUUGAAUGUCUUUUGUAGGGAUUGAGAUCACUUGUCUUUUGGUUGUUUUUGUCUGCUGUCUUUUUUGAUGUGUUUUUGAGAUGUAAAAAUCAGGGUUUUCAUCUUCUUUUGGUUGAUUUGGGAUAGUAGUUGAAUGGCACAUAUGAUUGGACU